UUUAUUACAUUAUUGUAGUGCACUAUAAGUGAAAUUUGGAGCCUCACGCGUCUCUACGUUUGCUGAGGUCAUUAUCAGCUGAGAGCCAGAAUGCCUGAGAUUAAACUCAGACACGUUGUGUCCUGCAGCAGCGAGGAUUCUACUCACAAGGCGGACAACCUGCUGAGCUCUGACACUUACAGGAAAUGGAAAGCUGCGAGACCAGGAGAGAAGCAGACCUCAGUUAUUUUACAGUUUGACAAAGAGGAGCAGGUCCACAGUAUAGACAUCGGAAAUGAAGGAUCCGCCUUCGUUGAGGUUCUGGUUGGACACUCGACAUCCGUCAAAGACCAGGAUUUUGAGGUGCUGUUGGUGACGUCAUCGUUCAUGUCCCCCACCGAGAGUCGAGGAGGAACCAACAUGAAUAGAGUUCGCUUCUUCGGCCCCCAGCAGCUGGUGAAGGCCCAGGCUCAGGAGAGAUGGGACCGGGUGAAGAUCGUAUGCAGUCAGCCGUACAGUAAGACCAUAGCGUAUGGAAUAGCCUUUAUAAAGUUCCACUCCCCGCCAGAUAACAGCGAAGCUCCUGCUGCCACUCCGCCUAAACUGACUAAACUGGGUCAGUUCCGAGUGAAAGAUGAGUGUCCAUCCUCUGGACCCAGCCUUCAGCCUGGCAGCCUCUUUUUCAGCAGAGACACCACGACUAAAAGCAGUCCAGGGCUGAAGGUUUCUCCUCAGAAUGCCAAACUGAGCUAUGCAGCAGCUGCACUCCAGUCAGAGUCCUCCACCCCGACCCCACCGACCACCAGCUCACCACAGCCGCCGGUUAAGAGGAAGUUUGAGUUCAGUAAAGAACGACAGGACUCUCCAGCUCCUCCAGCCAAGAAGCCGAGCCCAGUGGGUUCUUCACAGGCCAGCUCAGGAACACCAAGAACCAAACCCAGUAGUGCACACACACCCAGCCCCAAUACGGCCAGGGAGAAAACAGCCUUUUCUGACCAGAAGACUCCAGAGAAGAAGCCGGAUAGUAAACCCAAACCCAAAGCCCGGCCAAAAACUGCAGAGACGGUUCCACUUAACAAGAUCUUGGAGGGGGUGGUGUUUGUGCUGAGUGGGUUCCAGAACCCGUUUCGUGGGGAGCUGAGGGAGAAGGCACUGGUCAUGGGGGCAAAAUACCGACCCGACUGGACCCCCGACUCCACACACCUCAUCUGUGCGUUUGCUAACACCCCUAAAUACGGGCAGGUGAAGGCAGCGGGGGGUCUGAUUGUGCGGAAGGAGUGGGUGCUGGACUGCCACAAGAGGAAACAGAAAAUCUCUUACAAAAGAUAUCUGAUGGACGGUGCCGAGUCCAGCUCGGAGGAGAGCACCCCAGAAGACGAUGACAGAAGCGAUGAGGAGAAGAAAAAAACUCCAGAGAAAAGGCAGAUCACUCCAAAGAAAACUCCAGAGAGAAAGGCAGCAAGUGUGGAGGACGAAUACGGAGGAUCGACAGAUGAUCAAGAUAAUGAAGAUGAGUCAGGCAUGGACACUGAGGAUGAGCUCAGGAGGGUGGAGAUGCAGAAGAAGAAAAGAGGAGAGAGCGCAGGAGUGAGACAGAGAGGAGGAGGACGGGAGGAGAGAAAGAGUGAGGGGCCAGGAGAGAAAGAGAAUGACCCGUAUGGAGGAUCUACAGACGAGAAUACGGACGCUGAGGAGGAGGAAGAUAAACCCAUCCCAGAACUACCAGAUUUCCUGACAGGGAAGUGGUUUUAUCUGUAUGGGAAGUUUCCAGAGAAUCAGAGACGUCUACUCCAGCGCUACAUCGUUGCCUUUAACGGGGCUGUGGAGGACUACAUGAGUGAGAAGGUUCAGUUUGUCAUCACCAGUCAGGGUUGGGACGACUCUUUUGAGGAUGCUCUGAUGGAGAACGGUAAUCUAAGCUUCGUGAAGCCAUCAUGGAUUUUUGCGAUUAAUGACCGGCAGAAGAUGCUGCCAUAUCAACCAUACACUGUGGUUCCCUAAUUACAGCCAGACUACAGCGAAAGACUUUUAAUAUGGUUUUCUGGCCUUACGGCGGACCCCCGGGGGUCUUCUCCCUUCAGGGGGUUAAGCUGCUUCUCCCCUUGUUGUGGGUGUUACUGUCAGUUAUAGUCUAUUCCUAUUUCUGUUGUUCUUUUAUGUCUAUCUGUGUCUCUCUCCCUCUACUUUCUUUUUCUCUUUCUUCUCAUUUUUCUUUUCAUUUCUUCCUCUUUAUUCUCUUUCCUCUCUCUUUAAGCCUUUUCUUUUUGUCCACAUCUUACUCUUCAAUAUACACACUUGCAUUCAUAUCCUUUCCCAUUUUUCUCUUUACUUUAUUCUCUCUCUCUCUUUAUCCGUUUUCUUUCUUUCUUUUCUCCCCGUUUCUCAUCAAUAUACACGCUUGUAUUGAUACUUUUUCUCUUUUUACUUUCUCUUCCCCAGCCUUUCAUUCACAUUCCCUUUCUUUCCCUCCUCGUUGCUUUCUCAUUUCUUCUCUCAUUUCUUUUUCUCUUUUUCCCCUCUCUUUC